AUGGCUGAUUGCGGUAGCCAGAAAUUAUUCGACACCGAACCCACAAUUAAAUUCGAUGAAGAAAAUGUGGAAAGACAAAAUUUAAGGAGCAAGUGCGCCUCUUUCCCUUGGCUUUUGUACUUGUGUUCGCUAGCAGCAAACCUUCUAAUGCUAAGUGCCGGUGCCAAUACCGUAUGGAUCUCCCCCAUACUUCCCAGAUUGCAAUCCAACGACACCACGAUCAAUCCCUUGGGAAGACCGUUGACUUUGCCAGAAACUUCCAUAUUGGCGUCUCUAGUACCACUUAGUGGCUUAAUAACGUACCUACCAUCAGCCAAACUAAUAGACAUCAUAGGCCGAAAGAAAAUGCUAAUUCUCAUAGCAAUCAUGUUGAUUAUCAAUUACAUCGGUGCGGCUUUGGCGAGACAUGUGUGGUCUUACUACAUUUUCACCAUAAUUUGCGGCGUCACCACGUCGGCUAUUUUAGUAAGCGUUCCCGUUUACAAUAACGAAAUCGCCGAGGACGGAAAUAGAGGAAAAAUUGGAUGUUUCAUGGGAAUAACCGUGCCCACUGGCAUUCUCUUGUGCUACCUCUACGGACCGGCCGUAGACGUCUGCACGUUAUUCUGGAUCGCUAUUUCUGUUCCCAUGCUGCAUUUAAUCCUCGCGAUUUUUAUAGUCGAAUCGCCCACGUACCUGGCUCAGCAAAAGAAGAAAGUAGAGUGCAUGAAUUGUUUGGAGAGGCUACGAAAGUACCAGGGAGCUAAGCAGAUAGAAUUGGAAUACAACAAAAUUGAGUGCAUUGUUGUCGAUUACAGCAAGCAAAAGAAGAGGAAUGUAUUGGAUAUUUUUCGAAGCGGCCCUUCGAGGAAAGCCUUCCUAAUGAGUGUAAUAGCCAGUGCAACCCAACAACUCUCCGGCAUAUUCAUUCUGUUAGGCUUCAUGGCUACCAUAUUUAACGAUACAGGCCACAUUUCCGGCGACUCUUUCGGUAUUAUCACGGGAAUCGUCCAAAUAUUCGUAUUUUUCGUUUCCUCUUUGAUCGUGGAGAAAUUGGGUAAACGUACAUUACUCCUAACUUCCUCGAUUGUUUGUUCAAUAGCUUUGUUUUGUAUGGGUAUUUAUUUCCACGUGAAAUACCUUAAUCCCGCUCACACGGAUAACCUAAUUUGGUUGCCGAUAUCGUUUCUAGUGGUGUUUAUAGUGGGAUAUGGAAUAGGCUUGGGGCCUGUGCCUAUAACUUUGCCAGCUGAACUGUUCCCUAAUGAUUUGAGGGCCACAGGUUGCGCCAGUGUCAUGCUGAUUGAUAACGCGAUUAUGGCGAUAACUAUGUUCUUUUUCCCGGUGGUUAAGGAGUAUUUUGGAGUGCAAUAUUACAUGUGGUUUUUUAGCGCUUGCUGCAUAAUUGGGGCUGCAUUGACAUAUUUUUUUGUAUCGGAAACCAGAGGAAAAAGCUUCGUUCAAAUACAGGACGAGUUAAAUUGGUGAAAGUUUUAUUUGGUGGUUAUAAACAGCUUCCUAUAUUGAAUAAUAUUAAGACAUACUUUUUAUGUAACUUUAUAUUUAUUACCUGA